UGCUUCGAGCUUCCCCAGAGCUUCCUUCCAUUCACUGUGCUAUAUGCUGCUAUAACUGCAGCUUCCUCCACUCCUGUCUCUACAUUAAAGGCCAUGGGGCAAUGGUCUUCAGCUGCUUAUGAACGUUACCUCCGGCCAAUGCUCGAGCCAUCCUUGAGAAAAGCAAUGAGUGCUGCUCCUUGAUCCAUGGCUUGAAAAUAAAUAUUAUGGCUUCAAUAGCUGUUGGGCCUAUUUACAUUUAAAUACUGUAAAUGCAGAUGCGUGAUGACGCUGCAUGUGCUUGGUGCGUGUCCAAAAAGUUUGUCUCUGGUAAUUUUUUGACUUAAGUGGUCCUGACUGAACUAUGCUAAAACAAUACAUUGUGAAUAAUAUGCGCUGUUCACGGAGCCAAAUGUGAACGUAACUGGUGCCUCAUUUCAACCAUAUUUCAAAUUACACACAGAAUUCUGUAAAUACCUCCAGUUAAAGGUGCAUUCAUAAAUGCAUUCAGUUUUUAGUUUUCAUUUGGUAUCUUAGUAUGGAAACACCAUCCAUAGUGAAAAUCAGAUCCAAAACCCCUCCAAUCUCCUUCCUAUAGCAAGAUGCAUUCUGACUCUCUUCAGUGCUGUUUUGCAUCUGCUAACAGCUCGUAUGCGUACUGUCAAAAGUUUUUAAACAUUAUAAUUGGCUUCGCAUUUGGCUUUAUAUGAUCUGUUCUACAUUCGCCACUUUAAAAUGCUGAAAAAAGGAAUUACAAAAAAAAAAAAAAAAAAUUACAUCCUCAAGAUGUGUUGCAUAUGUAUCUUCCAAAAUUUCAUAAAAGAAAUGUAUCAUUGUUAAAAAAAUAUAUAUAUAUUUUUUCUAGAUUUACAGGUUGUAACUUUACUUGUUACCAUAAACACACAAUCAGCAGUCUCAUUGCUCAUGGCAACGAAUUCUAUGAAUUUUUUUUUUUUUUUUUCUUUCCCCAAUGGGGUAAUGACUAUGUCAGAGAAAACAAUAUAAGCCACACAUUAAAAGGCAUGAAACUAUUUUGAGAAAAAACAAGUCGUACUGUUUGACCUAAUCUUUAUUGGGAGAAUCAAAGGCAGAGUGAGGCAAGAUGCUGCGGUUACAUUUAUAAAGUAAAAUUCAAUGCUGAUAAAGCUGGUUGCUACGUCACAUUAGGCAAAUAUACCUUUGCUUGUGUACAUUUUUAUAAAACCCCCUUUUUAUGUUUGUGUGUUAAGCAAUGUAAAAAAAAUGUACACAUGAGCAUGCACAGGGAAAUGCUGUUUAUUUGUAAUUUUACACAAAAUGGUAAGGUGAAAUGUUUAAGACAAUAUAUAAUUAGUAAUGUCUGUUAAUUGUGUAUUAUGUUAUUAUGUUUUCAGAUUUGUGUACAGGAACCAAUGGACAACCUGACAUUCACAAACAGCAUUCUCCUUGUGGAGGGACUGAAAGUUACACGUCAGUCAUCUCAGCCUGUUUUCAUUCUCCUUCUCUUGACUUAUGUCUUUACAAUGGUAUCAAACAUUGGACUUAUAUUUCUGAUCUCAACAGAGAAGAAUCUGCAUGACCCAAUGCAUUUUCUGUUCUGCAACUUGCCACUGAAUGACAUACUAGGAACCACUGUCAUUAUGCCACGCUUGCUGCAGGAUAUUUUAAAGGACACCUCAGAGCGCUAUAUAUCAUAUGCAGAGUGUGUUAUUCAAGCUUAUUUUGUGCAUGUAUUUACAGUAGCAUGUCACUAUGUGCUGAUGAUCAUGGCCUUUGACAGAUAUGUGGCUAUAUGUAAUCCAUUGCGAUACACAUCUAUAAUGACCAAUAAAAUGGUUAUUAAAUUAUCAGCAUUUGCUUGGGGCCUGGCAAUUCUUUUAGUGACAAUUAUGAUAGGACUCACUCUGCGUCUGUCUCGCUGUAGGUAUAAAAUUGAAAACCCUUUCUGUGACAAUGCCUCACUGUUUAAACUGUCCUGUGAAAAUGUAGUCAUAAAUAAUGUGUUUGGACUUGUUUAUACUGUCGUUGUACUCAGUCUGUCAGCGAUGUGUAUUUUCAUAACAUAUGUCAAGAUUGCUACUGUAUGCAUAACCAGCAAAAACAAAGCACUCAACAGCAAAGCCAUAAAAACCUGCAGCACUCAUUUAGCUGUUUAUUUAAUCAUGUAUGUUUCUGGAGCUACUUUUAUUUUACUUCAUCGUUUUCCUGAAUACUCUGACAGCAGGAAGCUAGCUAGUAUACUGUUUCACAUUGUACCACCGGGAUUAAAUCCCUUAGUAUAUGGUUUACAAACCAAAGAGAUAAGACAAAAGAUUGUAAAACACUGGUGUAGAAAAAAGUGAAUUCCUCAAUGGAUUAUGUAUCUUCAUAACAUAGUCAAUAUUAUUUUAAUGGAUUUUGAGUGUGUGAAAAUAAUAUUUACUAAUAUUUAGCUAAGAAUAACUGUAGUACUGUAACACUGCAAACACUGUAACUAUUCUGUACUCAAAUCCUUUUCAGUAUUUAUCAGGUGUUUGUAUGAGAAUUGUUGACUUAAAAAUUGAACAAAUUUAAAUUAAGUUGUAAGCCCAUGUUACCUGGGGAAAAAAAGAAAAUAAA